AUGGCAUCUACUGAGGAUUCCAACGAUCCUUUCCUUGCCCAGGAUCCUGUCAACCAUCCUGAGAAUGCCCCCGAUUUUGCGUCAAAUGAUACUCAGGAUCUCCAGGGCCAAGGGAACGAUGACAAUGAAAAUGCCUGGACCACAUCUGAUCCUGCCAUCCCUUCUCAGGGCACUGAUAAUGUCAACACUGAUCCAGGUUCCCCCAAGUGGGGUGGUAAUGCUGCUCGCUAUGAGUGGAAGGAUGAAUAUGGUGACGUCGGACCUCGAAACGAAGAGCUUGAACGUGAGCUCUUCCAUGAUGAGCACAUUCCCCGCCCCGGUGAUCAUGCUGCCGACUUGCAGACCCCCGGAGAGGCGGCUCCCUACCAUGUUUCCAUCCAGAGCGAUCUCAAGCUCCAGCCCGUUCGGGAAUUCAAUGAGGCUGGUCUGCACCCAGUAAUGGUCGAAAAUCUGCAGCAUUGUUUGUACUCGUGGCCUACUGCCAUCCAGUCCUACUGUAUCCCCGCCCUUCAUGAAAACUUGGAUGUGAUUGGAAUUGCCCAAACUGGCUCGGGCAAAACCGCUGCUUUUCUGAUUCCGAUUAUCUCGGAGCUGAUGGGCAAGGCCAAGAAACUCGCCGCCCCUCGGCCAUUUGUUGGAGACUCUAACACCAAAGAAGGCUAUCGCGCCGAGCCGUUGGUCCUCAUCAUCUGUCCCACUCGAGAACUGGCAAAUCAGAUUUUUGAUGAGGCCCGCCGAUUGUGCUAUCGUUCCAUGCUUCGUCCAUGCGCUGUCUACGGUGGAGCCCCCGUCCGACUUCAGCGUGCUGAGCUUCAACGGGGCUGCGACAUCCUGGUCGGUACUCCUGGUCGUAUUCUGGAUUUCCUGCGUCAGCCCAAUGUGCUCUCGUUCAACCGCAUCCGGUACGCCGUCAUUGACGAGGCAGAUGAGCUUCUCCAGUCUAACUGGGAAGAUGAUUUCAACAUGCUCAUUGGAGAUAUCGGUUCCGGUCGUCAUGUCAGCCCCCGAUUUCUCAUGUUUUCUGCGACUUUCAACGAAGAUUGCCAGAAGCUUGCCCAGAAGUACCUGAGCCCCAAUUCUGUUCGCAUCCAGAUUUCACGUCCUGGAAGUACUGUUCGACAAAUUCGCCAACAAGUCGUGUGGGUUGAUGAGGACCGGAAGCGUCAAGCACUUGUCGACCUUAUCAUGGGGUUGCCCAAAGGUAGAACACUGAUUUUUGUCAAUUCUAAGAUCGACGUCGAUUACGUUGAUGACUAUCUCUUCAACUCUGGGUUGCCAUCGACCUCCCUGCACGGAGACCGAACUCAGCGUGAGCGUGAAGAUGCGCUUCGUGCUUUCCGUACUGCCAAAUGUCCUCUUUUGGUUACCACCGGUGUGUCCGCGCGUGGAUUGGAUGUCAUCAACGUCAUGCACGUUAUCAACUACACUCUUCCCCGUGAUAACCGUGGUGGUAUCACCGAGUACAUCCAUCGGAUUGGUCGUACUGCACGCAUCGGCAAUCAAGGUGUCGCUACCUCCUUCUACAAUGACAACAAUCGGGACUUGGCUCCUGCUUUGGCCCGACUGCUUCAAGAGAGUAGCCAGCCCAUUCCGGACUUUUUGAACAAGUUUUUGCCCGCCCCUGAUGCCCUCACUUUUGAUGAGGACAUGGCUGGUUCAGCCAAGAAAGACUCCGCUACAGGGAAUACCUGGGAGCGUGGUGACGGAGCGGAUUGGGAGGAGAAGCAGCAGCUGGAUGAAAAUGAUCCUUGGGGUCAGCAGCGUGCUGGUUUGUUGUCUGGUCACGAGGAGCCAGAGGAGCGUUAUGCGACAAGUGAAGGUGAUGCGCAUGACACAACUGCCUUCGACAAGAAUGACAUUUCCUGGUAA